AUAAUAUCCACUUCACAACCUCCCACCAAAAUUAGCCCCAAAAAAGGGAGAAACACAGAGGACGCUGCAACUAUAUUUUAGUAGUUUAACGGCUAAGCUACCCCGUUCGAGGAAUCAGAGAAGCUGACUGUAGGGAGAAGGUGUGAGUAGAAAUUCAUUUACCGGUCGGUAUGGAGCAUUGCCUUCUUCGGAUGAGCGCGACGGGCGCCGGUACCGCUAGAGCAGGAGUUCUUGUGCAGUGUCACCAUCCCAAUGUUGCUGUGUCGGGGAAGAGGUUAAGCUUUUUGGGUUGCACCGGGUUGAGGAGAUUCCCUACCUCGGGGUUGUCGUCAUUGGCCUCCUCUGUCGCGCGCUCUCCGGCCCGGAAGUCGCUGGUUGUCUGCAAGGCUCGUGAGGCGGUCGAUGAAGUGAAAGCGGUGACGGACUCGAGCUGGAACAACUGCGUGAUAGAGAGCGAGACCCCUGUGCUGGUGGAGUUCUGGGCCCCGUGGUGUGGACCCUGCAGGAUGAUAGCGCCCGUGAUCGACGAGCUUGCCAAAGAGUAUGGGGGAAAGAUCGCGUGCUAUAAGCUCAACACUGAUGACUGCCCCAACAUAGCCACCCAGUACGGGAUCAGAAGCAUCCCGACCGUUCUCUUCUUUAAGAACGGCGAGAAGAAGGAGAGUGUGAUUGGUGCCGUGCCCAAGACCACCCUAUCUGCUACCAUUGAGAAGUAUCUAGAUGCCUAAAAAUCGAGAUUUAUCCAAUUUAAAGGGAGCACUUCUGUGGAUUCUUUGCAAAGAUGUAUACCUUCACGUACUUUCGGUCUAUGUAUGUGUAAGUACUUUGUAAGACCUUCCCAACUUCUCCAGGCCUGUAUAUGAUCUGCUGUCCACUCUGAUUCAUCCCGCGAA